GUGGGGUUUCGUUUUUCUCAUCGAGUGGUCAAUGACUGGAACGCUAUACUUGAACAGGUGGUAUCAACCUCAACAGUGAACAUUUUCAAGGAAAAGUUGGAACUUCAGUGGUCAGUGCACGUGCUCAUUUUGACCCUCAGGGUCGCAUUCGCAGCAACUUAUGUCUUCGGAGAAGAUAGAGUCGUUUUUGAGUCAAUUAUCCAAUACAGACCUAUCUAAACUACCUGAGCUUAUUCAGUCUAUCACUGAAUGUCCAGGUUUGUUCGUCUUUGGUGAAUUUCUUGAUCAUCCAAAAAUUAAAUCGAUUGAGAAUGGGGAAUAUUCUCAGUAUUACAAUUUAAUGAACUUAUUUUGCUACGGGACGUUCGAGUUGCUUUCCACCAAUCGGUCUGCAUAUCCUGAUUUACGACCAACUCAAGUUCGGAAGUUAAAGCAGCUCUCAAUAAUUGAUGAAGCACAUAACCAGAAGCACAUACCUUAUGGUCUUCUGUUUAAGAAGCUCGAUAUUGCAUCUUCAAGAGAACUUGAAGACCUUGUUAUCGAACUUUUUUAUCUUGAAGCCAUAACAGGAAAACUUGAUCAACAGAAAGCGUUGUUAGAGGUCAACUCUGCCAUCGGGCGUGAUAUACGUAUUGAGCAGAUAGAUGAACUGCAUCAAAAGCUGAAUUCAUGGGGUGUCCGAGUCGAGUCUGUAUUAGCUCAUAUAGCUAAUGAAAUAAAGAUGGUUAAUGAGCGGCGAUAUGAAUCAGAGUUACAUCAAAAGGAGAUUUUGGAAGCGUCAUUGUCUAUUAAAGAGGCCUUGCGUGGCCAAAUGGCGAAAUCAGACGUACGUUUUCUUGCUUGUGGUUAUAAAACAACAAAACUGUCGUAAGGGAACUUUGGCAGGUCUAUGAUUUGAUAUACUGCUAUGUUUUGUAUAUGAUGUAUGAAAAUAAACCUUAUGGCAGUAAUUUACAUAAGCUGUUGGGUCAACAUGCUGCUUCCAGGUCACCAUGUAUUCAUCGAUAUAUGGUGUGAUUCAACUAUAAUAGGACGUGUCAUGAUCUUAAAGUAUAUAUUUUCAUUUUUCAAGAGAUUUCAAACAAUAAUCUAUUCAAGGUAUAGACUUCUAUAGAGUUGACAAAAGGAGUUUUAAUUCAAAAACCUGCUUGUUGCUUCGUGGAGAUUUUAAGAGUUCGUUAUCUUUAUCCAUGACCGAGGGCAAAUGAAUUAAGUAAGAACUAAAAUCCAAAUGUUCUUGAAUAUAUAUUUCAGUAAUUGGAUUCACUAGCAUAUAUAGUGGUAGUAAACAAUGAAAGUGUAAUUAGAUUGAAUAGGUACAACCGAACUGGAGUAAAAUCAGUAUUGCAUGGACACCAGAUAUAUACCUCUGUAAUUGUAGUGCGUUUACAUUAACACUGACACUUAGGGUCACCAGUAAUUGUAUUAGAAUAGAUUUAACAGUGGUAACAGAGUAACCAGCAAAUAUGUUGUAGUAAAAUAAAUUCAGGACCAAACUAGACAGAUCUGAUCUGGGUUAUAGUGAUACGAACACGAGUUCUCUGGUGUCAAUUAGUGUGUUAAGUAUUUAUAGAUCAAUAUAAUGAUAGAAUAAGACCAACGGUUAUAUAGAUAGACACAACCAAUAAAAGGAAUAUUAGGAUUCACAUAUAAGGCAUUCGAAUUAAUCACACAACUAGGUCUUAAUGCUGUAGCAUAAAGUAUGUAUCUUUUUGCAGUGGGAGUUAGAGUAGCUCACUAGUUUUAUGCUGUUGUAGUGUGCGUCAAAUUAACCGUUUGGCUCGUUUACUAGUUCGCUUUAUAUAGAUGAUAGAUGUCCUAUUCUCUGAAGUAUGCCAGUAAAAAUGUUGAUAAUCGGGGCUUUUCAAGCUUCAAAGGAUCCAUUAUAUAGUGAUGUACUGACUCGAGGAUUUAAAUUUUGCCAUUGAGUUUAUUCGGUAUGUGGAUUAGAAUUCGAAUCUGCGAACUAUGAUACUAUGAGUUUUUGUUCUAUUUUAUAGGCUCAAAGUUUACGGAUGGAUAUGGACGACAUACUUAUUCAUCCAGAUUUAUUAGAAAGCCGUGUAGAAGCAACUCGUCAAAGUUCAAGCAAUAGUGAAAGUGUUAGUGAUCGUGAUGUUCGCAGUCGAAUAACUGUUUUCAAAAAUCUUCGGCAUGGUAAAUCUUCCAAGUAACAGUAGUGUUCAACAACUGUGAACAUGUAUGAUUUAUUAUUCUGUGUACAACUUUUAUAAAUUACUGCAACUCAAAGAGUGCCGCGUUUUACCUUGAAUUUUUCGCAAUGUCAGCGUUUUGAAUACAAAGCAGUCAAUUCAUUAUAAAAUUUUCUUGAAGCAAAUUUUUGACAAUAAAAACAGAAUUCUAGGUAGUUGGUCAUUUUCACACUAAUCAAAGUUUUGGCAAAUAUCAGUUGAUGGUAAGGUUUUGGGGAUAAAUUGUUACAAUAUUGUACUUCCGAAUGGACCUUUUUUAUUAGGGGUGUCUUUUAUUCUUUCCUCAAACUGCAUUUUGAUUAUCGGGUCUUUACUUAGAGAUGGAGAAAAUUAACUGGAUAUUUUUUUUACGAAUAUUUAACAGUGUCCGCAUUUUGCUUUGUUGCUUGUUAGUGUUUUGCUCUGAACUUCUCUGUUGACUUGUGCAGUCAGUUCUAGGCAUUUACUUCAAACCGUGAUUAUCGGGUCCACUGAUUAGGAACGCUGCGUUUUCGUCUAAAUAUCAUUGGGUUCUAGGUUUUG